AUGACACCACCGCAUUCUUCCGCCACCUCUGAACCAAUUCCCGCCGCGCCUACGCCGGAGGACGAGGACAUGGCUCGCUGCCUUAUGAUCCUCUCCCAAGGCGGAGGAGUCUCGCGUCAUCCUCCUGCCAUCCCCAAGUCGCCGCUGUACAAGGAGGAGGAGAGCGGCGGCGGGAGCAAAUUCUGCAGCAAGAAAUAUAUAGAGACGACCACCGUGGGCGGCGGGGGAGGGACCAGCCACACCAAGGAGAAGCCACCGUUGACGACGGUGGAAACCGCCGCCGUGAAGAGGCCGCUGUCCUUGUACGAUGAAGAAGACAUUAAUCCUUAUCCGUUCAACAAGACCCCUAAAAUCUCUCCCCCUUUCUCUUCCCUCCAUUUCUACGAUUCCGCCAAGUCCUCCCCCAGGAUUCACGAGUGCUCCUACUGCGGCGCCGAAUUCUCGUCCGGCCAGGCGUUGGGCGGCCACAUGAGACGCCACCGUAACUCCACCGCCGCCGCCGCCGCCUCGCAGUUGAGCCCGAGCUCUUCCAGCUUCGAGAAAAGGGUACUCCAAAAGGAAGAAAAUAAUGGGAAAGGUUUGAAUUUGGAUCUCAACCUCCUCCCCGCCGGAGAAGAUAAUCAAGAUCAUCGUCGUGCUAGGGAGCCAAUCGUGAAAUGA